AUGCCAGACUUUGAUGACAAAAUGUGCUCACGAAGGACCGCAGCGUCACCUUCCUGUUUAAGUGAGCACAGCACAACAAGGUUAACCCAACACCACAGCCUGAGCGCCAGAGAAGGAGACCGACACAUGUGUGUGAUAUUUACUGUUUAUGGACAAACACAGGCAGUUCACGGACCCUUCUUCAGACAGCCACAGGUAGUAACAAUGAUGUGGAUGCUGCUCAUAGUCCUAGGUAUGUGUGGAGGACGUGCCAUGGGCUGGACAUAUCAUUUCUCCACAGAGACCAUGAACUGGACCAUGGCAAGAGAGUGGUGUUGGAUUAACAACCACACAGACAUGGUAGUCAUCCAUAACCAGGAAGAGAAUAAUUACCUCCGCAACAUCUUGCCUGAUCAAACUGGGUCUCCGUAUUACUGGAUCGGAAUCAAGAAGAUCAAUGAAAACUGGACAUGGGUCGGAACUAACGGAACGUGGGUUGGGAAUUAUUCCUGGGCGCCCAACGAGCCCAAUAACAAACUGGGUGAGGAGUGUGUUGAGAUGUACGUCAACAAAGGGAACAGCGACAAUAACGGGAAGUGGAACGAUGAUAAGUGUUCAAAUCUCAAAUACCCGCUAUGCUACAGAGACCAAUGCAACCAAACAUCAUGCAAGGGACAAGGGAGAUGCUUGGAGACCAUCAACAACUUUACCUGUGUGUGCGAACCUGGGUUUGAGGGACACGAUUGCCAAACAGGUGAGGGGAAUCUGGAAGCUGCUGUUCCCACCGGUCGCUAUGGCUACAACAUCUGCUUCCUCAAUUUCCUGAGUACUAAGGGAUGUGACCCCUUAUGUCUACCUGAUGGGUUUGUGAACUGCUCUGCUGUCAACUCUACCUGCCGGUUGAGCUGUGAGAAGGGGAAUCUACUGCUGGGAUCCCCAGAAGUCAGCUGUAGCACGGACAGGGUCUGGACUGGGGUCUGGGGCGAUGACAUCUGGAGCAGGAUCUGGGUCUGGAGCGGACAAAGGCCAAUUUGUGCAAGUUAUCAGCAUGUCCUAAUGGUUGUAGCUGCUGGUUGGAUGCUCUCAAUGUCCUGCUGCAUCUGCUGUUGUUUCAAUCGCAGAAAAAGUAAGUUCCAGUUGUUUAUAAAAAAUGUUUUUUAAA